GCAAGAAAGCUUAUACAGCUAUACUGUGCUUCGAAGUCUCUUCCUUUCUCCAUUUUCUGUGCUGUAGAGACCAUAAUCAAAGAGCUUUUUCAGCAAUAUUGGUGCUCUGUUGAGUAUGGCUAACAACCAUGGAGAAGCGAGUGGGAAGUAUUCCGGACCUCAUCAUGUUGCUCUGAAUGAAAGGAUUCUUUCUUCAAUGUCACGAAGAUCUGUGGCGGCGCAUCCGUGGCAUGACUUAGAGAUUGGACCUGGUGCCCCAACGACUUUCAACUGUGUGGUUGAAAUUGGCAAAGGCAGCAAGGUUAAGUAUGAGCUCGACAAAGCGAGUGGCCUCAUAAAAGUUGAUCGAGUUCUUUACUCAUCAGUUGUUUAUCCCCACAACUAUGGCUUCAUUCCUCGAACACUUUGUGAGGACAGUGAUCCCAUGGAUGUCCUGAUACUGAUGCAGGAGCCUGUGCUGCCCGGUACCUUCCUUCGUGCUCGGGCCAUUGGAUUAAUGCCCAUGCUUGAUCAGGGUGAAAAGGAUGACAAAAUUAUUGCAGUAUGUGCUGAUGACCCUGAGUUUCGCCACUACACCAGCAUCAACGAGCUUCCUCCGCAUCGUCUUCAAGAAAUUCGUCGAUUCUUUGAGGACUACAAAAAGAACGAGAACAAGAAAGUGGAAGUUGAGGAGUUUCUACCAGCUGAAGCAGCCAUUGAUGCCAUAAAGUACUCUAUGGAUCUGUACGCGUCGUAUAUCAUCGAAAGCUUGAGGCAGUAACUCUCUUGGAGACUGCUUAGUAAAUGGAUAACAACACUUAUAAUUAACUAAGUAAUAUUUGCAAGGCUAGUAAACUUCUUGCUGCUUGCCUGUUUGCGCAAGUUCUAUUUGAUGAUGCAUGAAAAAGACGUACAAUUAACUGUCUUUAUUCAAGUAGAGCUUAUGUUACAUUUUGAUGUUAUGCUUCCUUCUCUAGAAGAAAGAAUAUUCACUGUUGUGUUAAAAGCUGUUUAUUAAAGUAACAA